AUUCGAAUUACGUCGAUCGUGUUCACAUUCGUUUUAUAUAUACAAUCUGUGCGCUGCGUGAACAGUUUGUUACCUGUAAAAACACAAAGGAAAAUAACAAAAUAAGGAUGAUAACUGUACAAAUAAGUACUGCCUUCGGUGUAAAACAAAUAUUUACUACAGAAACUGCAUUUAAGAUUCAUGAACUACGUGACCGCUUGAACGACUUGUCAGAAAAUUUUUACUUUGUACAUAAUGGAAAACUUGCGGAUGAAAAUGAAGUUUGCUACAAUGGCUACGUUUCUAUCAUACCACGAUUAUUUGGUGGUAAAGGAGGUUUCGGUUCGAUGCUACGAGCCAUCGGAGCGCAGAUUGAAAAAACAACAAAUCGAGAAGCUUGUAGAGAUUUAAGCGGCCGUAGACUUCGUGAUAUUAACGAAGAAAAGCGAUUGAAAGCAUGGAUCGAAAAACAAGGAAACCGAGAAAAAGAAGCAGAAGAACGAAAAAAAAAGAAACUAGAAAGACUCUGUGCAGAACCUAAACAUGAAUUUAAAGAUCAAACUUACGAACGCGAAAGGUCGGUUUUGACAGAAAGGGUUGGAGAUGCUGUCGAAGAAGGUUUCAAAGCUGCCACUACUGGAGUAAAAAGAAAACUUGAUGAAGAUUUUAAACCAAAUAAAAAGAGAAUAUUAUUAGACCCGGACAUUGAUUCUGAUGAACUGAAUAGUUCCAGUGAUAGCGAAGAAGAUGAAAGUAAAUUAGAAAAAGUAGUUAAGGAUAUUGAACCUGCAUCAAACGAUAGUGGACAUUCCAGCGACGAAAGUGGAAAGACUGUUAAAAGUAAUGAGAAUACGCGAGCUAAUUCUUAAAAUUAAAUUAACAAUAGAUCCGUUGUAAAAUGAAUUAUAAUGAAUGUUGAUUUUAAAUUGAUUGAAAUGUACCAACGAAUACAUUAAACUAUCUGUAAUAUAUUUUCAAAUACAGUGAAAUUUUAAUUAUUUAAACAA